UUGCAUGUUUCUGUAUGAUAACACCAAAUUUCACUUCGGCUCUGAGAAGUAUAUCUGGUUGUUGACACUAUGCAUUGUUAUGUAAACUCACGCUGACACAAGAGCAGUUGCGCCAUCAACACCGUUUUGACAUGAAUGAUUUAUCGUUGUUGAGCUGGAUUCUGUUAGUCAGUUUCAAAUUUUACGUAACUCGGUUGUCUCAGUGUUGAACAAUUAAAUUUCACUAGCGAGAGAAGUGAGGGAAAAAGUAAUGUAAGUGGUCAUUUUGUCAGUAGGUUACGGCCAGUUUCUGUUCUAAAUAUGUGCAUCUUGGUACAAUAGCAUAAUAUUAAGAAAACAUAGGUUAAUCAUUCAAUUGGUCAUGUAUUUUCCCAGGGUUCUACCGGGUUUCCUUCCACCAUAAUGCUGCCUGUCGUCGUAUAAGUGAAAUAUUUAUUAGAGUAUUUCAAUAACUAAAUAGAUAAUCAUUUACUAUGAUAGCUCAAUUAAAUUAACUGUUGGGGUCUAUUUUCAGCAUUUUCUGAUAUUUUCCUGCUUUAGUGCUCAAUUACCAAACUGGAAAAAUCCAGUUGGUCCUUUGCAGGAUGACAUGGGUUUUUAAAUCCAUUUUGAAUCGACAGCACACCCAGAUUUCUGGUGUGAACUAAAGUGAAUAGGACCUUCAUUAUAACCCCUGCAAGUAUAAAUCUUUUCCCAAGUCAAACGGUUGGUGAAAUCCAAAGAAAUAUUGCCUUCUGCCUGGUCACACUCACAUUGUGCAGUCAUGACAAGUCGAAGGUACUAAAAUCUUGGAACCAUGAGUGACAGCAUAGAUAUCAACCUAAAAACCAUGCUGUAAGUGUUAUAUGGCAAGUUUAGUGAGUGUCACCAAGGGUAGAUUGGGAACCAGAAUUUGCCCAGUUAUUCGAAUGAGAGAAGUUAGGGCUAGCAGUUGUGAAGAGUCAGAGGUCAACAUUUGUUUACAUCUUCUAUAUACAGCAAGCCUGAAAUGGAUUUAAACUUGUAUGAGUGAUUGAAAAGACCAAUCUCUUAGUCCAUGCAACAGCUGGCAUGUUCUGCUGUUUAAGAGUGUAUUUAUAGACCUAAUUCAUUCUGCAAAGUGCCUUGCGUAAUGUACCGACUGAAUUUUUCAGUUCAGUGAUUAAAUGGUGGAGCAGAUAAACGGAAAACAAUUGCUGAAAAUAGAUUGCAACAUUUUAUUGAAUAUCAGUGUGAACGAGUAAACUUUUUUGUCUUGCAAGACAUCAGGGAUUCUAGUCAUUCCAUACCCAAUAUGUAUAUGGUAUAUACUGGAUACCAUCUUUUGUCAAGUAGGAAAUGUUUUAUGAGAACAUGUAACUUAACAUAUAGAUCUCUAAUGAAAAAUAUUUGAAGGUAAAUGGCAUAUAUAUAUAUGAUGGAAAGAGACCAUGCUUGGCUAUAUGAAUAUAGAUUAUGUGAUAUUUACUUAAUACAGCUUUGCUAAAGGACAAACAUGGCUGACUUAGAUGUAGGUGAGUUUUUUUGAAAAUGUUUUCUUUGAAUAGUUUUAAUCAAACUGUCAUGAAUGUGACUUCUACAUUACUGUGAAGACAAACUUUUAUCAAUAAAUUUGUUGGAACUGUGAUGAUUUAUUGACCCAUGUUUCACAGAAAUACCUGGCUUAAAAAUGGCCUGCUCGUGCAAGAUCAGUUUCUCGUGGGUGGAGUUCGAAUUGUAAAUGCCCAUAUAUAUAUAGUUAUUUUCAUAUAUGAUAUACAGUUUGUGUACAGUUAAAAGUUACAGAUAAAGGAUACACGCACUCCUCCAAUAGGAUUAAUGAAGAUUCCAGGCUAGACUUACUUUUGUGGAUAUUCAUUCUUGUGUUAAAUGAUUUCUUUUUGUUCUUCUCAAAUUGAUUACAACAGUAAACAUGCCAGAGGUGUAUAAAAUAUAAAUUAUUAUCAUGAUAUCAUUCUCAGGUUUAGUCCAGCUGGCCAACAGUAUUUUGGAUCAGUUGCACAUAUCUAACCACAUUUCCAGUCUAAAUGAUCUGACAUCCGUUGUGUUUGCACUGAUUUAUGAAGGCCUUUGUGGUGAACGCAUUCCUGAUCUGAUUCAGAAGCCACGCAGUCAUCAGGAAGAGGUGCACAACUGUCAGCUGGUGAUUGAUGCCUUGUCCAUGGAUGUCCUGCACACAUCACUGUCACACAUCACAGGAGAGGACUUGGCAGCUGGGGACCAGAUCGCUGUCAGUAACAUGCUGGAGAUCUUUUCUGGGCUGAUGGAGUAUAUCCUCAACAAAAUAGAGAGUGACAUCUCUAGUACAGAUGGGGAUCCUGGCUUUGAGGUUGAGGAAGAUCCAGAUGCUCUCUCCUCCAACAUUAUUGAUGAUAUACUAGAAAAAGAACUUGAAAAGUCUAGAGAGCCUCAACAGUUGAGUGCCACUUGGCCAAGCAAGCCACCAGCAGGUAGUCAAACCCACAACAGAAUUAAUGCACGAGAGCGAUCUCCUGGUCAUUUGAAGACGAGCAGUAUGGCGACUGUGCAAGCACCAGCCACAUGGGCCACCUCAACUGCUGUAGGUUCUGGCAGGUUGCACAAGGUACCUGGUGACAGAGAGGCAACUUUGGGAAGAUGUACAUUAGACCAAAAUGAUGGAAGACAGAGGCUAGAGACGACAGACAGCCUGAUCAGAGAAGGGGAACUUCUGGAAAAACGGUUAAGAGAACCUCCUGUCCUGGAUGGACCAUCUUCGUCUCAAAGAGGAUCAGCAGACGCUGGGACUCCAGAACUGACCCCUCCCCAGAGAUCCAUGGGAGCUGCUGCAGAAUUUGAACAGGUGGGAGUGAGAGGUCCUUCACAGAGGAUAAGAGACCCAGAGAGAGAAUCUGCACAGCUAGGGACUCUGGCAGCCACUGACAAUACAGACAGGUUUCAUCACACAUAUACUCAUCAUCUGUAUCACCAUUAUAGUGAUCCUAGGACAAAGACUGGAGCGCAUGGAUCUAAGAAGGAUGACACGGAUGUGAUAACUGGUUCAAAGGCUACAGUGCCUGUUAUCACAGAGCAUCAGCAUCACCAGAGAGCAUCCAGGUUACCUGAGGAUACUGUCUUCACAGAGUCUACUAGGCUUACCACCCACAGUCGUGCUCAGACAGCUAACCUACUGCCCGGAUCUAAAGACCCUGAACCAUAUAGUCGAUCCUUAACUAGGUUGCAUUCUUCUGAUGUCAGGAGCAAACCUCCUCAGUAUGACAACCUUAAAGCUACUGUGGAGAAAACAGUUCAGAUGUCCAGGGAAGCUGUGAGCCCUGAGAGGCGAAGAAUGGUGCAAGAAAAUAUUCUGUCCGAUGACAUACGAGAGCGACUUAACCGAAUACAGGAGGAAUCCUCGGAAAUCAAGGAGCUGGCUGCGUCCCUAAAUCUUCCCCAGCCAGGGAGGCGAGUUGAUCGUGGAAAAAGUCUUCAUCAGAGUGCAGGACUUAGUAACCAGGGAGCUCAGGCAGAGAGUCCGAGCAGAAUCCCACGUAAGGUGUCUUUCCUGGUAGAAGAUGAUAGUGUGACCGACCCAUCUUCAGCUGAGACAAAUCCACAAGAGUCUCCCAUAAAGAGCAGUUUGCGACAGUAUUAUGAGGAGAGAUCACGAAGGAAGCCAACAGAAUUCAUCAGCAGUCAAGCUAAGUCAGGCCCUCUGCCCCACAAAGCUGUACUGGUGCCUCGUGUAGGGCGAGGUUACAGUUCUGACGGGGAUGUUGGGGGUCUAUCUGAUGGACUUUCCUCACCUGAGAGUAGCCCAGGGAGAACUACUUACAGCAAAAGGUAUGGUGACUUGCUGAUGGAAGACCUGGGCAAGGCACCAUCCAGAACUGAGGGACCACAGAAAAAGAAGAAAACUGUUGUGAACAUAUGCAGGAAGAAAGGUUCAGUAGAUGCCCUGAAAACUACCAAAAACUAUGUGGACAAAGAGAACAUCAAAGCCAGGAAGAAAGCUGAUUAUCUUCGAUUAUUGUACGAACGUGAGCUAGAGGAUUUUAGGGAUGAUCUCAAGGAACAGCGUGCACAGGAAAAAACCAAAACAGAAUCAGAAUACAAGAAGAAAGUUUUAAGUGCAAAGCCAAAAGUAACAACAAGUAAAACAACAGGUGUGACAGCUAGAAAAGCCACCUCUAGGGUAGGAAGAACCAAAGCAAAACAGAGGCGCCGCAGUGCCUCGGCCAGUCCAUCUGUGGGUGGAAGGAUAGCUGACACAACCAUUGAGCCUGAGAACAACCUUUUCACCAAAUUGUACGAGGAAUUCCCGUACCUGUAUUUAUCACCGGACACGUGGCAUGAGCUAUGGCGUCAGGGGAUCCAGCAAAUAGAGAGACUUACAAGGGCUCAACAAGCUGUUCAAACACGCAAAAAUAGAGGCAUCCAACAGUUAGAGGAAGCAGAAGACAGGCAGAAAAUUCUAUUAAACAUCUUGAGGAAAGAGAUGUCUCACAGUCAGAGAAUGAGAGAACAAAAAUUAAAGAGAGAACAAGAGCUGUCUGUCAAAAACAAACUACAUGAGAAACGCAUGCAGUCAGCAAGAUCCAGGAAGUAUUACAAUGAGUACCAGGUCCGAUCAAGGGCAAAGAUGUUAAAGAGAAGAACAAAGGAAGAGAUGUUAUUCAAGAAACUAUUCCGUGAUGGGUUAGACAUCCAGAAAGACAGGAUAAGAGAACUGAGAAGAUAUGCCAAGGAGCAGCGAGAGAUUCAGGCACAGGAGAGGCAGAAUGAUAUUGAUUCUCUGGAAAAUUAUUACCGUGAUCAGUUUGAAAUGCUGGCAGAGUCAGUUACCCGUGAGAGAGAGGAACAGCAGCUGAGAGAGAAAGCACAGUCCAGGGUGUUAGAACAGAUGAAGAAAGAGCUGAGAAAGAAAAUGGAACGUGAAAUACAAGACUUCCAGGAGCAGUUAUUCCGAGAUGAUGAUGACAUUUACUUCAGACAGCUGGAUGCAGAUAGACUGAAGGAGGAGCUACGUGUAGCUAAAUACCAUGUCAAAGUCUGAUAACAGGCAAUUAGUUAUUCAGAAUGAUUCAGCCGUCCCAAUUCCAUCAAAGCGUUAUGUCCUGGAGAGAAUUAACUGUGUUGUUAGUGUCCUCGACAAAGUGUAUGGAAUAUGCUCAUGGGAUUUAACUUUUUGAAUACCGUGAUGCUAAUAUUAUUAAAAUCAACAUAUUUCCUCAGCUUGUGCACAUACAUUAUUAAACAUUCAUGUGAUUGCUGAUCAUGUUCUGUGAUAAAAUAAUUAUUCUAUGAUGUUUUUUUCAAUAUUAUUAGUGAAAUAAUGUACAAAACAGAAUUCUUUUAUGAACUGUGAUCUUGUAAAUAUUUCAAACUUUAAUGAUGUAAAAACUAGCAUUUUUGUACAGAGUGGUAUAUAUGAAAGCAUGUAAGGAGGAGCAUUAAAAUCCCUAAAAUAUGUACAUGUGAAAAAAUAUAACAAAGGAUCUAGUUCUCCCCAAAAAAAGUGAAAUAAUCUUUUGAACAUUGUACAGCAUUUGGAUAUUGUUACAUCUCACACCAAAAUGUCAUAUUUAUCACAGGGAAAGGCUUAUCAAAGAGACCUCAAUGAUGCAGUUCCAGAAUCUUUGUGAAUGUUUGCAAGUCCUGAACCCUGUGGAUGAUGCUUAAUACAUAUAAUUGUAAUGAAUGUCGUGGAAUUUUUAAUACCAUGUUUAUGAACUUGUUUUAAGGUUGUUUUGCUCUUUUUGUAUUUAAUAUGUUAUGUUGCACUGUAAUCAUAAUGUGACAUCUCUGCAGUCACAACUGUUUCUAACCAUUAAUGUCAACUGUAACACAAAUGGGUGAUAAUGUUGCCAUACUUAUGUGGGGAGCAUCUGUCAUGGACUGGUCAAACAUGUUUAUUAUUCUCAACAUCAUUAAUAGAUCUGGUAACAUAUGUUCAUAAUAUUCACCGUUAUUCUCCAAGCUUAUGCUUAUACCAUCAUUCGUCUUAUUGGAAUAUUAUGACCUCUAUAUAUGUACAAAACUAAAAGUAACGUGCACAAAAUGCAUAUGCUGAGGGGCUACAUAUGACUGGUUCAAAUGUGAAUGUUUUGGUUGCCUCUGUGAAUAUGCAGUAGCCAGUAGGGAGAUUUAAACGGGUUUAUUUGAUCCUGUAUGCUAUGGCGCCUAGGCCAAUUCUACCUGAACAAUAACCAUAUAACAGAAGCACACCUGCAAUAUGUGUGAUGAACUGGAACAGGUGCAACGUUAAACCAUGUGAAUGUCUGUGAUGUAAUGAACAAAUAAAUCACUUGCAACUGAUCCAUAAUUUAUUUGGUUUUAUUUAACAAAAUACAUACUCACAAAUUUGCAACUUGCAUUACAUUUUGGAAACACUUUCCCUGCCAAGUUGUUAACAUUUGAGGAAUUGUAUUUCAGAUUAUUCUAUACUAUAGCAGGUCAAAUUUUUCAAUUUCUCUGUUAAUCUGUGGUGGAAAAACACAUCUGAGGGAAAACCUUUGGAGUGACUCUGAAGGAGGUCACAUUUCUGUGACCAACAUCCCAAGCUUACAGCUUUGUUCUCAGCGUUGGUGAUUUUGAAGGUCUGUAACGAAUGUUAAGCAUUACCUGGUACCCAUCUGAACAUUCUUCCUCACU